AUCAGCGACGUUGAACAUCAGCUGGACAAACAGUGCGAUCGUGAAGCUGUAGAGCUCAUCGUCCCUUGACUGGCACUGAUCAUCCGCCGCGAAGAAGAAUAACGACCCGCUGAUUAACAACAACUGUUAACCCAGCUAAGCGACCACAAGAAACAGGACAAAUAAUAUCUUAGCACCCCAAAGAACAAAGCUGCCAGGUAUCGUUAUUGAGUGAAUUGGUUCUUUGGAAGGAGAUAGGACGGCCGACCUGGUACUUCAUCGUAGCCAUUGGAGUGCGAGUGUUGUCAACGUUGAGUAUCUAAUAACUAAAAAAGCAUCAUAGCUAUAGCUACCUAGCUUCAACAUGCGUGAAAUUGUACACAUCCAGGCCGGCCAGUGUGGUAACCAAAUCGGUGCCAAGUUUUGGGAGGUGAUCUCCGAUGAGCACGGUAUCGACCCCUCAGGAGCUUAUAAUGGCGAUUCGGACCUUCAGCUUGAAAGGAUUAACGUUUAUUACAACGAAGCAACAGGUGGGAAAUAUGUGCCCCGUGCGAUUUUACUAGAUCUCGAACCCGGAACGAUGGAUUCGGUUCGAUCCGGACCUUUCGGACAACUUUUUAGGCCCGAUAACUUUAUUUUUGGUCAGAGUGGUGCUGGAAAUAAUUGGGCUAAGGGACACUACACUGAAGGAGCUGAACUUGUAGACUCUGUCCUCGACGUUGUGCGUAAAGAAUCAGAAUCCUGUGACUGUCUGCAGGGAUUUCAGCUCGCACACUCUUUGGGAGGAGGCACUGGUUCGGGUAUGGGAACCUUGCUGAUUUCAAAGAUCCGCGAGGAGUAUCCCGAUCGAAUUAUGAACACUUUCUCAGUCAUGCCUUCACCCAAGGUGUCAGACACUGUUGUGGAACCCUACAACGCAACGCUGUCAGUUCAUCAAUUGGUUGAGAAUACUGAUGAAACUUAUUGCAUCGACAACGAGGCCCUGUACGAUAUUUGUUUCCGAACUCUCAAGCUCACUACACCCACCUACGGGGACCUGAACCAUCUCGUAUCAGUAACCAUGUCGGGGGUGACCACCUGCCUACGUUUCCCUGGACAGCUUAACGCCGAUUUACGUAAACUCGCUGUCAACAUGGUACCGUUCCCUCGGCUUCAUUUCUUCAUGCCUGGCUUUGCGCCCCUGACGGCCCGUGGCUCGCAGCAAUAUCGCGCACUCACCGUGCCUGAGCUCACCCAACAGAUGUUCGACGCCAAGAACAUGAUGGCCGCUUGCGACCCGCGCCAUGGGCGCUACCUCACCGUGGCGACUAUUUUCCGUGGUCGUAUGAGUAUGAAAGAAGUGGACGAACAAAUGUUAAAUGUACAAAACAAAAAUUCAUCUUACUUUGUGGAAUGGAUCCCAAAUAACGUGAAGACAGCUGUAUGCGACAUCGCCCCACGAGGCUUGAAAAUGGCCGCCACAUUUAUCGGAAAUUCUACCGCUAUACAGGAGCUCUUCAAGAGGAUUUCCGAGCAAUUCACGGCGAUGUUCCGUAGAAAGGCUUUCCUCCAUUGGUACACCGGCGAAGGUAUGGACGAGAUGGAGUUCACGGAAGCCGAGUCGAACAUGAACGACCUGGUGUCGGAGUACCAACAAUAUCAAGAGGCAACGGCCGACGAUGAGGCCGAAUUUGAUGACGAUGAACUCGAAAAUGCCUAAGUGUCCUAGCAUACGCCCAAAGUUGCGCCUACCAUACCAUUCGACCUGUAUCCCUUAUGUCGCCUCCUGCGUGACGUUCGCUAGAUGCAAGCCGAACCGGAGAAUCAAUAAGUGGAACUGUGUCAGGGUUAGAUAGAGGGGCGAAAACAACGUGACGAAUCUGACGCGAACAAGGCUAGGUCACAUUUUUCUAUAUACAACAAAUAUAUAACUUGUCACAAAUUUUUCUUUCUAUUUUGUGAACUUGAUUCAACAUAAAAACGCGAGAAAAUGGAGGACAAAAGUGGUAACGAAGAACAAAUUGCAAUACAUUCCGCAAACAAAACAGGUGCAACUUGAAUGAGUUGAAGCAUGCUUGCGACUCCCCGCCUUUCUUCUGUUCGCUUUAGCUAGCUAACGAGGAAAU